CUCUCUCUCUCUCACUAUCUGAUGCGUACAAAAUAAUAAAAACCCUAAUUUUGGUUUCCCUCCGCUCCCUUCCGCCAUCUCUCUCCCUCUCAAAACCCCAAAAUUUGAGCUUUCACUGUUCCUGCUUCUCCCAUGGCGACGGCGCGAGAGGAGAGCAACCCAUACGGGGGCCUCGGCGCUGGUGGCAAGUUUCGGAAGAAACCCUUUCGGAGGCCGCAAUCGACGCCGUACGAUCGCCCCCAAAUCAGAAACCCCACCAUUGUUCCCGGUGCUAAUGGUAAUGGUUGGCUUCGGAAGUUAAUGGAUCCAGCUCACAAGCUCCUCGCCUCGACCGCCCAGAGAUUCUACGCUUCUUUAUUCAGAAAGCGGCUCACUCAGGCCCCUCCAUCUCCCCUUCCGCUCCUGCAUCCGCCAGGGACAAUAUUUCGGUUGUCAACUGGCCAGUGAAUAUUAUUCCGCAUUUAUGAUCUUCAUUUCAAGUAUGGCAUAGUCCACAGUCUAUCAAUGAUGUGGGAUGGGAAUUCAGAGAAUAAGCUAGAAGCUGGAGACAAGAAUGAGGCAGCAAUCCCUUUGAAUGUCUCUAAAGAACAAGAAGCAGCAUCAGAUGGCCAUCAGAAACCUAUUGUUAGCUCUGUUCCUGGAGAAGGCUCUUCUAUGGACUUCGAGGAGAUUUUGAGGCAGAAGACUUUCACCAGAUCAGAGAUAGAUCGUUUGACUGCCCUCCUCCGUGCUAGAGUUGUGGAAAAUCCGGUUGAGGUGGAAGAGAAAAUGCCCGAUGUUUUCCCUUCAAAGUCAAGUCUGUUUCAGGAACGGGAAGACGAAGUGGCAAACCUUCCUCUGCAAGAUGAUCGGAGUCGCCUUAUCCCCACCAAGGCCUUAAACUCAAGUGUACUUGAUGAGGACCUAGCUUCACCUGCAGAGCUCGCAAAAGCUUAUAUGGGCAGUAGGCCAUCAAAAGUAUCACCAUCAAUGCUAGGGUUACGCGGUCAAGCACUUGCAGAAGAUUCAACAGUUCUGAAUGGCUUGGUACAUUCUUCACAAUCACCCAUUUUAUCUAUUGUGCCUAGCCCAUCUGGACAUGUUGGGGUUCGUGAGAAUGGUUAUGCGACACCAAGGUCUCGGGGCAGAUCGGCUAUUUACAGUAUGGCCAGAAGUAGAACACCAUAUUCAAGAGUUCAUGUGGCCAGUACACCGAAGAGUUCUGGGCCUAUGACCGAUGGUUAUGGUGGACCGUUGACAGCUACCCAAGCAUUGGAGCAUAACAGAAUUCCUGGAUCUGCUAAGGCUUUGAAACGGAGCAGUUCGAUCUUUGAGAAUGGUAUCGGCUCUGGUGGUCCCUUACGUAGAAUUCGUCAAAAACCGAAUCUUUCAUAUCAGAAGAACUGGAGCAUGCCAACUUCUGUAGCUUGUGAGCCUUCAUCUUCCACACAGAAGAUGCAUCCAGUGAAUGAAAGAAAGUUAAGCAUAGGAGAACAGUCAAAUAUAGCACCUGUUUCAUCAAAAUCCACUGAGAUGGCUUCCAAAAUACUUGAGCAACUAGAUAAGAUAGUAUCACCACCCAAAGAGAGGUCUUCAGAGCUCAAGCUAGCUAUUGCCAGGGAGAAAGCACCAGCCAAGCUGUCUCCGUCCAAGUUACAAGGACAAGCACUAAAAAGCCUCAAACAUAUUGAUUCAUCAAAGUUCUUGGAGUUUGCCCGAGAUAACAAUAAGCCUGAUAAUUCAGUUCCCAGAUUUUCACAUGAUUCUGGAGAAACUAGUAAGGAAAAGCAGGGUAAGUUUGAACAAACUGGUCCAUUGAGAAUUUUUGCUGCUUCAGAUAAACCUUCUCCUUCAGUUAAUGACUUCGAGAAUGCAGUCCUUUGCAAAAAAGAUGCAGUCCUGAUCAGCACAACAGGAGAUGCUAAUUUGACCAACUCUCUCCCCCAUAUUCCUGCUCAGAAGAAACGUCCCUUCAAGAUGAGUGCACCUGAGGACUACUUGGAUUUGGAGGAUGAUGGUUAUCCCAAUGGAGUAUCUUCUUCAUUGGUUGAAGUAAGGGAGAAUCGGGAUACCUGCACAGUUGAAUGCAAGACAAGUGAUGCUCAAGCUACUAUUAUUUCAGGGAAGCAUCAGACUGUUACUGAUGAUAAACCCUCAAUGAAUUUUUUCACAAAGGAGACAUCUAAACAAGGUGCUGAUGGAAAACAAGUAGUUGCUCAAACACAUGCAGAUAACUUUCCAAGUAUACGGGUUGCUAGCACUAGUUCUCAAUCAGAUCUGCUGGCUACACAGUCUACUUCAGAAUCUAAUAAAGCAGCUUUAUUGAAGGAUCCUGCUCCUCCUCUGUUCAGCGCUGGUGAUAAAGUUGGUCUUCUGAAGGAGCAGAAUGUCCCUAGCGCUAUUUUUGGAUUUGCUUCUAAUAAUAAUUUUACCGCCAACAGUGCUAUAUCCUCCUUAAGUGAACUGUCUAGUCAAAAAAUUCCUCCAGAUUCCAGUGCACAAAGUUCAAUCAGUGUUGCGUCUGAUGUUGGUGGUUUAUUUUCCUCUUCGACGAAGAUGCCUGAAUCUGAUAAAGCUGAAGAGAAGAAAACCUUGAAGGAUGGGGCGCCCUCUGGUUUGCCUGAGGGAGAAACUUUGGCUAUUGUGUCAACUUCAUCGCCAACCUUUACAUCCGGAAUUAAAUCGGCUUCAAGUAAUGGAUCCACUUUUUCUUCCCUAAUUGCAGUGGACUCAAAUGCCUUCACGAGUCAGAAGCCAUUUAGCAUCCCUUCAUUGCCUGUCACCUUUAGUGGCAACAACAGCAGCAGUACGCUAUCCUCCAUCAUUACUGCCACCGCCUCAAAUCCAGCUCUACCGACCUUCAAGUUUGAAUCUGCUCCAUCAAAUUCAGUUUCUCAAGCAUCAUCUCCUGUUGUGGUACCUUCAGAAGAAGGCAAGACCAAGGCAGAUAUGGGCUCCGGGAAUAUACUUGGCAGUACUUCUCUUGCUGCAAAUUCUACCUCAGGAAGCAGCAUUUUUGGGUUUGGUGCUGCAUCUGCCAUUUCAAAUGCCAAUUAUCAGAAAGAGGGUUCUGCAACUACUGGUGCUGCCAAUGGAUCAGCCCAGGUUCCAGAAUCUACUGCUACUGGGACUGGACUUGCUUCCUUCACUCAUAGUGUUCCCGUUCAGUUUGGGUCGUCUUCAUCAUCUGGGCAGUCCACUACUAUAGCAGCUCUUUCCACCAGCUCAUUGUUUGGCUCAUCCUCUGCUACCAAACUAUUUUCGUCAGGUACAAUGCCUUCUUCAGAGCCCAGUUCUGUGACCCCGAGGUCUUCUAGUGCAUUUGGGCAAGCGAAUACCACCACAUUUGCUUCAUCAUUGACCUCAAAAUCCGAAUCUACUGGCUUGUCUUUCGGCUCAUCACCUUCCUCUAGCAAUGGUUUCAUUUUUGGAUCUGCGCCUGGUUCAUCAGCCUCUAGCAGUGCUCCAGCUUUUGGAUUGUCAGGGACCUCAUCUUUUCUUGGGUCUAGUGGCACUUCUUCCGUCUCUACUGCCCCUCCCGGUUUUGGCUCCAUUGGCACUUCAUCUGCUUCUACUGCCGCUCCUGUUUUUGGAACCGUUGGCACCUCAUCUGCUUCUACAGCCGCUUCUGUUUUUGGAUCCAUGGGAAGUUCAUCUGCCUCAACUGGUGCUUCUGUCUUUGGAUCAACCACAACCUUUUCAACCUCCAGUCCCUUUGGAUCGAUGGGUGCCUCAUCGGGUCCCACCUUAUCAUUCACAGGAGCACCUGCAAACACCUCAUCUGGUACAACCUUCUCGUUCACAUCAUCUGCUGCUAGCCCUGCACCUCCACCUGCGUUUGGGAACUCCAACUCCCCCUUUAUAUUCGGGUCACCCUCACCGGCCAAUAACAAUAAUGCCGACCAAAUGAGUAUGGAGGACUCUAUGGCCGAGGACAUGGUCCAGGCUAAUCAUGGCAGUACCCCUCCAACCCCAUCGUUUGGUCAGCAACAGCCCAUCUCAGCGCCAGCAGGCUUCGUAUUUGGUUCAAAUGCUGGGGCUGGUGCUGGUGCGAAUCCGUUCCAGUUUGGAGCUCAACAGAAUCUCUCCAUGCCGCAGAGUCCAUCUCCAUUCCAGGCUACAGGAAGCCAGGACUUCAAUGCCGGUGGGGGGAGCUUCUCACUGGGCACGGGGGGCGACAAAUCUGGGCGUAGGAUCAUCAAAGUCAAGCAUAAGCAACGGAGAAAAUGAGAUGAAAUUUGCCGGUGUUGUGUGAUACUGAGAGAUUCCUUUGGCACAUGCGGAGAGGGGUAUAGAGCCACCUGGUUCAGGGCUCUUGUGGGAAUGGAUCUGGUAAUUUGAUCUCCCGCCUCCGCUGCCCCUCUCGAUUCUUUUUCUCUUUGUUCUUUCUUGUUCCGUUUUACAUAUCAUAUGCACUUGUCUUGCAAGGCUGUAAGGGUGUCACAAUUUUGUACCUGACUUUAUAAAAGUGUAAUGAGUUUGGCUGUGGACUCUCUGUACCAACCCUACUAGUAGUUGUAGUAGUAGUGGUGGUGGUGGUCGUCGUAGUUAUUAGCUAGUUGGUGGCUAGUGCUACUCCGUACUAGUAGUUGUGAGGUUUGCAAAAUGCGUCACAUUUCUUCCUGUUAUCCUCCUUCCUUCCCCUUCUAUAUUUGUAACAUAAGAAAAGAAAAGAAAAAAAAAGUGUUAUUGAUCUUCAACUGAGGAAUCGAAUUAGCCUUCUUGUUGUGCA